AUGGCUUUCUCCCAGGUGCAGUGCCUGGACGACAGCCACGUCAACUGGAGGUCCAGCGAGUCCAAGCCCGAGUUCUUCUACAGCGAGGAGCAACGCCUGGCCCUGGAGGCACUGGCCUCCCGUGGUCCUGAUGCCUUCUACGAGGUCCUGAAGAAGGAGAACAUCAGGGACUUCCUCUCCGAGCUGGAGCUGAAGAAGAUCCUGGACACAUUGGAGACGUACGACCCUGGCUCUGAGUACAUCCCACGCCAUGGCAGCAGUGCAGGGGAGAGCGAAGGUGACCACAACAGCCAAGGGGACGAGCAGGAUGUGGCCCCCUCCCUGGAGUACUGGCCCCAGAGGUCCGACCGUUCCAUCCCCCAGCUGGACCUCGGCUGGCCCGAGACCAUCGCCUACCGCGGGGUCACCCGCGCCAAGCCUCCCAUCGAGGGGCAAGCGCACAUCAAGGAGGUGGUGCGGAAGAUGAUCUGCCAGGCUCAGAAGGUCAUCGCGGUGGUCAUGGACAUGUUCACCGACGUAGAUAUCUUCAAGGACCUCCUGGACGCGGGCUUCAAGAGGAAAGUGGGAGUCUACAUCAUUUUGGAUGAGACCAACGUGAAGCACUUCCUCCAGAUGUGCGAGCGAGCCCAGAUGCACACUGGACACCUGAAGAACCUGCGAGUCCGGAGCACGGGUGGGACAGAGUUUUUCACGCGCUCGGCCACCAAGUUCAAAGGGGCGUUGGCCCAGAAGUUCAUGUUUGUGGACGGGGACCGGGCCAUGUGCGGAUCCUACAGCUUCACGUGGUCCGCGGCAAGGACGGACCGAAACGUCAUCACGGUCCUCUCGGGCCAAGUGGUGGAGGCGUUUGACAAGCAGUUCCAGGAGCUCUACCUCAUGUCCAAGGGGGUGAGCCUCAAGUCCAUCUCCAUGGGUGAAGAGCCUGAGCCUGAGCCCGUAACGCUGCCCUCCGUUGUGCCGGUGACCCCCGCCAACGCCGUGGUGAAGAAGCUGAUAAACCCGAAAUACGCCCUGGUGAAGGCCAAGAGCGCCGACCAGAUCAGUAAGACUUCAUCUGAGAACCAGGACAAAAACCAGAAGACAGACAACAAAGGCAAAGCCCUGCCCGAGGGCCAGGCGGGCGAUAGGCACGGCGACGUGGCAGACCUCUCCUUGCUCAUCCACCCUGGCCUCCUGAAUCUGGAGAAAGCCAACAUGUUUGACUAUCUGCCCACCUGGGUCGAGCCUGACCCCGAGCCUGGGAGCGAAGUCUUGGGCUACAUCAACAUUAUUGACCCCAAGAUAAAGAAUGUGAAGCUCUCGCAGAUGAACCGCAUCAAAGUCUGCGAUGUCUCCCAGGGCAGCACCCAGCGCCGGCAGAUGUUGAAGAACAGGGAGAUGGAGACCAAGAAAAACUCAGACCAAGAGCCACCUCUGGUGUCCCCCUGCCAAAGACAGAUCCCACGGACACCCAUGGAAGCUCCUGCAGUCCCCGCUAUCAGCCCCAUCGAAAGCACCAGCUGGACAACGAAGCAAGCAGGAAACGGCCACUGCUGGAACCCACCAGAGGAGACACUGGAGAACAUCAAGCCCCCAGUUCCAAAGCCGAGGACCAUCCCCGUUGGCGUCCUUGUGACCCAAGUCAUUAUGCCCUGUGACAGCAGCACUGCCCUAGAGGGUGGCACACAACCACCGCCAGCUGACCACUCAGGUCCUGCAAAGCAGGAACCAGAGGAGAACCCCAACAGAGCUUCUAUGGAGACCUGCCAUCUCCAGCCAGACCGCCCAGUGGCCGGGCCACAGGAGGACAAAGGGCCUUCCUGCCCCCAUAAUGGGCUGGGAGAAGAGGAGGAGGAGGAGGAAGAGGAGUACAUCACUCUCAGUGACCAGGAGAGCUACUCCAGCAGCUCUGCUGACCACAGCUACCGCCGCUCCAACGCCUCCUCCAUCUCAGAUGAGUACUUCGAGGUGAGGGAUCGCUACGGGCCGCUCCGGCGAACCAACUCGGACGUCACCCACAACGGGGAGAUCCUUCCCAUACAGAGGAAGCUCAGUGACCCUCACAUCAGCCGGGGCACCUUCAUCAGCCCCUUGGGGAGCCUCCCAUCCCUGAAGCACGUCCGCAUGGAGGACGUGACGAAGAGGAGGAGCAAUGCCGUGGAGAUUAGGUGUGUGCUGCCCCGCACCAUCCUGGAUGGCAACAGCUCCUACCCCAGCAGUGCCGCGCAGGGGACGCACAUCUACCGCUACCGACCCAGGAACCCCGCAGGCAGAGAGCAAGGCAAGGAGGUCUCCUGCUCCCCGACGCAUGAGAAAUCCGCCGGGGCCACCAAAUACAGAGGAGACGGAGCUGAACCCAAAAAGACCGUUGCAGGCAGCCAACCCUACUGGCAGAGCAAAGCCUUCAGCCCCAGCAAGCCCACGCAGCCUGGCCACCGUUCACCCAGCAACCCCAGAACAUCAAGCAAACGCUUAACCUCCCUGCCGGAAAGCCAGAAGACAACCGAGGAGAUGAGGACACCCCUCGGCAUCCCGCUCUCUAAACUGUCCCAGUCCAAGCACCUCAAGAACAGGGUUGCGGGAGCCCCGGGCGCUUCUACUGACUCCAAAAAGAAGCCCGCCGAGACCACCGGGCAGAAGGACCACUAG